AUGAAGACAAACACCUUUGAAGUGACGGUGCUAAGCGUGGGACUAGUGACGGCCAUCCUGGCCACACAUAUGCGCUCAGAGCGCCGCAAGCGUCAGAAGUUUACGCUGCAGCAGCCGCUCGUGACCACUAAGAGCGAAUUGGAGCUGGUCAAGGACAUUGUGUACAUCAACAAGUCGACUGAGCCCGGCACCAAAUUCCGUCACGGAGGUUCCAACCAGUUGCUGAAUGAAGAGGGUAAUCAGAUCCUUGUUGUCGGCGUGUGCGGCGGCUCUGGAUCGGGCAAAACCACGCUCUCACGCGCCAUCAUGACUGAGUUUGGUGUCGAUCGUGUGUCAUAUCUCUCACACGACUACUAUUACAAGGACUUAGCUCACCUCACAAUGGAACAACGGGCUAAACACAAUUUUGACCACCCUGACGCCCUCGAGACGGAUCUUAUGGUCAAACAUUUGAGACAGCUGCGCGCCGGCAUGACCGUGGAUGUGCCCAUCUAUGACUUUAGUACGCAUUCACGCUGCAAAUGUACAACUUCCAUGAAACCCAAUAGUGUUAUCCUCGUAGAAGGCAUUCUAAUCUUUGCCGACCAGGCGCUUGCCGACCUCAUGGACAUUAAGAUUUUUGUCGAGACAGCCGCGGACAUUCGUCUUGUGCGACGUAUGCACCGCGACAUGGAGGAACGCGGUCGCACGGCCGAGUCGGUUAUGGAUCAGUACAUGAAGACGGUGCGCCCCAUGCAUAUGAUGUUUGUGGAGCAAUCGAAGCGCGUGGCGGACAUUAUUAUUCCGCACGGUGUCAACUCGGUGGCUCUCGACAUGAUCAUUUCGAAACUCCACAGCUUCAGUGCAGGCCACAGCGCAAUAGGCAGCAGCAGGUCCGUCAGCGAGCACUCCGACUCCAUUGAUGAUGAAAAGGAAUUGGUUCGUGCUUGA